UUCCGUAAGAACGACAUCAACAAAACCUCAUUACCCAUGGCGAAACUCCACCUCCUCAUCCUCUCACUCCUCCUACUCUCCACCUUCGCACCACCGUCUCACGGUGCUAACUCUACCACCCAACCACCCAACACCAUCCCGGAAGAAUGCCUGAAGGCCACCGGCGGACCAUGCCACAGCAAAACCAAAUCUUUAAAGCUUAAACUCGUCGCCAUUGCAGCAAUUCUAGUGGCUAGUAUGAUGGGUGUUACUCUACCCAUGCUUUCACGGGCUAUACCCGCUUUACAACCCGAUAAGAAGCUGUUUGUGUUGGUUAAAGCCUUUGCUUCCGGUGUGAUUCUUGCAACUGGAUACAUGCACGUCUUACCCGAUUCAUUUGAUUGCCUAACAUCCAAAUGCUUGCCUGAAAACCCAUGGAGAAAAUUUCCCUUCACAACGUUUAUUGCAAUGUUAUCAGCUGUAUUGACAUUAAUGGUUGAUUCGUACGCUAUGAGUUGGUACAAGAAAUACGGGCCAAGAAACGAGAAUUUGGAUCCGAAAAUCUCGGGUCAUUUCCACGGCGAUGGAUCUUCUGGGAUUGAUUCACCAACAUCACAGUUGAGGCGAUAUCGAGUGGUUGCUCAGGUGCUAGAGCUAGGAAUAGUUGUACACUCAGUUGUGAUUGGACUAUCGAUGGGUGCAUCGGAUAAUUUAUGCACCAUAAGACCUCUCGUCGCUGCUCUAUGCUUUCAUCAAUUCUUUGAAGGAAUGGGUCUUGGUGGUUGCAUUCUUCAGGCGGAGUAUGAGAGAAAGAUGAAGGCAAUGAUGGUGUUUUUCUUCUCGGUGACAACUCCAUUUGGAAUAGCACUUGGAAUCGGGUUGUCAAAUGUCUACCGUGAAAAUAGUCCGGCAGCUCUGAUGGUGGUCGGAAUACUAGACGCGGUGUCAGCAGGGCUGUUGAAUUACAUGGCGUUGGUGGAUCUUCUGGCGGCGGAUUUCAUGGGGAAGAAGCUUCAAGAAGAUAUGAAGCUUCAAGCAGUUUCAUAUGUCGCUGUGUUUCUAGGUGCUGGAGGCAUGUCUGUGAUGGCAAUUUGGGCAUAAACAGUAUUGAUUUCUUUAAUUUGCUCCUUUUAGAGAAGGUUUUUGGCUUAAGAAUGUGUAAAAUAGGGAAAUAUUAACGGAUUAAAGAUUAAUUAAAUUACCAUUUCGCCCUUUCAUCUAGACAGGAUUUCAUUACUAAAUGUGUUCAAUUCACCUCUGUGUCAUUGGCUCUUUCAAAAGUACAACGUUACGAUAGGAAAUUAGGAAUAAAUGAAAGUAGAAUGCUGAUUAUCAUUAGGAAAAAAAACAAUAAAAAA